CUUCCUCGAGAACCCUACCAGCGCUGUUCUCAAGCUGUCCUAGAGGCAUGGCUCAAGCCCCGACUUCAAGCUGAGAAACUCAUUGAUGGCCAUUUUGGCCUCAAGUUUGAAUCUCUGAUAGAGACCGAGGAUGGAGUGGAAUCUAAACUCACUGAUGUAGUCACUGGCGAGCAACACAUUGUUCAGAGCAAGUAUGUUGUGGGCUGCGAUGGAGCUGGUAGUCGUGUCCGGAGAACAGUUGGAAUUAAUCUUCUCGGUGGGCCUGUACCUGGCGCUGUGCUUUUAAUUCACUUCAAAUCACGAGACCUCGCAAGUUUGCACAAGCAAGGGCAAUUUUGGCAUAUUGGAUUCAUAUCUGGUUCUUUCAUCAUUGCUCAAGAUGAGGUCGACACUUGGACGCUGCACACCAUGAUUCCAAUCGAUGCCGAUUGGCAGAAAAUCGAUCCAGAAGAAACUGUCUAUAAUGCGCUCGGAGGUCCAUCAGGGCCAUACCCGAUUAAAAUAGACGAAAUUCUUGUUAAAAGCAGCUGGCGGCCCAAUAUAUGCGUCGCAGAAAACUACAUGACUCCAGGCGGACGCGUCCUACUCGCAGGCGAUUCGGCUCAUCAGAACAUACCCACGGGAGGCUACGGAAUGAACACAGCUGUUGGUGAUAGCUUCGAUCUCGGCUGGAAACUUGCAGCCACUUUGAGACAAUAUGGUGGUAAAGAUCUCUUGAAAUCGUAUGAGCUGGAGCGGCUACCCGUUGCGGUGCGGAAUAUUAACCACUCAGGCACUCUUUGGCAACGAUGGGCCAACAUCUGGAGCCGUGUUGCCGAAGCAAGGGCGGGAAAUCUUCUAUCAAAACCCGGAGAGGGAAAAGCCAUCAAAGCCGAGAUAGCAGAGUCCUUUGUAGCCAACGAUGGCGAGAAUCAGGACCAUGGCAUCGAGUUGGGUUACCGUUACAACGAAUCCCCGAUUAUCGUCCCAGACGCUGAUGCUGCAGAGCCUGAAUGGAAUUUCCGUCACUACGUCCCGUCAACUUGGCCAGGAGCUCGAGCACCACACGUCUUCCUUUUGGACGGAGAGACAAGCAUCUUUGACUUGUUUGGGGAGGACUACACGAUUGUCGACUUUUCCGAAGACGGUAAAUGGGCAGAUUCUUUUACAAAGGCUGCGAAACGCCUUGGGAUUCCCAUUAAGGGCGUUCAUUUACCGCAAGAAAAGCAUGUGCAGAAAAUUUGGGAGCGGAAUGCGGUUCUCGUCCGACCUGAUGACCAUGUCGCAUGGAGGUUGCCCCUAGUUGAGGAGACAUUUGAUGGAGAUGUAGAAAAAAUCUUGAAGAUUGCGGUUGGACAGGUGUCAAAUACGGAAGCUGGUAUUGAGAACAAGGAGCGAGUAUUGGCUGAAGUUCGGUGGAAGGGGUUCGCGAGUACAAUUGGAAAUGUCGACCAAGACAAGGUGGCAAUGAAGGCUGCGUUUCAG